AUGAUGCUAUCGCCGAAGGCGACAUUGGCCCUGGCUAUUCUGGCAGCUGUCGUAUCUAUGACGCUACAAGGCUGUACUGCAGCGGAAGGAUGGUACGCUACCAACACAACGAUGUUGGUGUUUGGCGUUCUGUUCGCGCUCCUUGCCUGCUGUGCCGCCCUCGGCGGCUGGCUUCUAAUAUGCGAUUACAAUGGCCAUGCAGACUUUUGUGAUGUAUGUUUUUUUUGGUUUUGUGUUGUAGUGUGUCUUUCCGUUUUGACUGUUCCAUUCUGGGUCGUGUACGGAGUGCGGACUUCCGAGACUGACUGCAGCAAGUUUCGUGAGCUUAGUCCUGCAGCAUGCGCGGACCACUCCCCAUCCUGGACCUGGAUCGAGCCGCCGCCUUCAGGCUACACUGUUUCCGAGUGUUGCUGGCCAACAACAAUAUCAAGAACUGUUACACUCACCACGACUCUGCCAUUCGUCAGAGAAGCCCCGCCAUGCCAAUGCAAUUCCAGCAGCACGGCCUUGCACUGUGAAACAGGACCUGGUAAGCAGUGCGAUUCGCUUGACACAGAGGAGGCAACAGCAGCCUGUUUCGGGGCUGGUAAUCUCUGCUCGCCUGCAACGCCUUGCAAGACCCGAGCAGGCUUGACAGCUGAUUGUGGCAGAUUUCUCGACGAAGUGCAGUGUUCAGAGCAGGCUGCUUGCUAUUGGCAAUCUGAGGCUGCAAAAUUUGCAUACAGUUGCCAACCAGGUCUUGGCCAAGAUGCCACAGCCGCUGGAAUAUGUGCUGCGUACUUAUCGGCUACGGCAUGCAAGAUGCAGCUGAUCUGUGACUGGCAAAUUGUGCCGCUCACUCAAGAGCAGUGCAGCAACGGAGGAAGCUGGAUUGGUUGCAUGGGCAAUCAACCUUCAACCAACGACUUUUGCAGACCAUACCUUACUCCAGAAGCCUGUGCUGCAUCCCUUGUUUGCCAAUGGGAUGGUGGCUGUGCAUGCAAUGACGAGUAUUUUGGGACUCAGUGUGAGUACGCUGUUGCCAGGUUCCAAAGCUACGACAACUUAUGCCUGCUGGACAAAGCGAACAGUCAACUGUGCAAGGGUAUCGUUUAUGCAGCUUCAGCGGAAGAUAGGUUCCGAUGUGCGUCCAGCAGCUCGCAGGCUGCAUGUGCAGAUUGGCUCCACAUCAAGCAAGUGAUCGCUGUCAUGUACGAAGCCGAGGUUGGCGACAUUGUUGUGGACAGCCUGGCUUUAGUCUUCGGCAUCAUCUUCGGCCUGCUGUCAAUGAAGGGCCACGUCCGCUCGAAUAAUCGGUUUGCAAUGCUAUCUUUGCUGGUGAGCUUUGUGACGGACAUCACGUUGGAGAUUGUCUUGGCUGUAUCCGUUGGAGAAGCAGCCGACGUCUUGGGCCAGUUCAAGGACUCCUUCUGCCUGUCACAGGGAGAUGGUUACGCAUCCCUUGUGAAGUUGGAGGAUUUGGCCAGCACGAUCUCGGCAUUAGCUUUCCUAAACAUUUUUAUUGCGGUCGUCGGAGGUGCGUGUGACUUCAUGUCUGUUCUCUUUGAAGACGUGGGGUCAUUGGCCUUGACUGCCCUCGUUGCAACGAAUACCGCGGCUUUGUGCGAAAUUGUUAUUGGCUUGUCAAGCUUCGUGGCCAACACAAAUUCUUUUGUCGCGCAGAUCGUUGCCAUUGAGAAGGCCGCUGUGGGUUUGGAGGCCCUGGAGAGUGGACAUGUAUGCUUCACUCGUCAUCCAGAUCUAGCGCCAGCGACUAUGGUUGGCGUUGAGUGGGUGAAUCCUGGCGGCUUGAUCGUGGUGCCUUGCGUUCUGAUGAGUAUAGCCGGCUGCGCGACAUGUUGUUGCAUCGCCGUUGGUGGCGGGUUUGAUACAGAGUAA